AUGGUUGAUCUGUUCUUGGGCAAAGUUCUGGUGAAAAACAACAAAGAUAAAGAUGAGCUGGACACCGAGCAUGAGAUCAUCCUGCGGCUCCAGAAUCGCAUCCUCGUGCUGUUUUUCGCCUCCGGAGAAUGCGAGAGGUGUCAGGACUUUGCUCCGACGCUCAAAGACUUCUUCAAGAAACUGACGGAUGAGUUUUACGUGGAGCGCUCGGCUCAGCUGGUUCUCCUCUACGUCUCAAUGGACUCAUCAGAGGAGCAACAGGAGAAGUUCCUGAAGGAGCUGCCCAAACGCUGCCUGUUCCUGCCGUAUGGAGAUCCAUACAGACAGGAGCUGGCGGGCAUGUUCGAAGUGAUAGACGUGCCCAGCGUGGUGGUGUUGCGUCCCGACUGCUCCGUCCUCGCUCAAAACGCCGUGGCAGAAAUCUGCGCCCUGGGACCCGGCUGCUUCCGCAACUGGCAGGAAGGGACGGAGCUUAUCGACAGGAACUUCAUGAUGAACGAGGAGUUUGACGAGGGCAAAAUGCGCAGCAUCACCGACCCCUUCAGGCGACUCAAAUACAAGGUGGAAGACAAGAAGAAAAAGAAGAAAGGGAAUAUUGCAGAAGAAGAGCAAGACGAUGAUGGUGGAGGAGGAGGAGUGUGGGGCUGA